CCUCCGCUUGGUCGCGUCCGGGUCCGCGCGCGAACGGUCUCGCCACGACAUCGAGACGUAACGUCGGGCCGCAGUGAACUCUGGGAAGCGUAGUCCGGAGCCCGAGCCGCCCCGGACAAGAUGGCGCCCUAGCACCGCGGCGUUGGGGCUGGGCCCGUUGGAAGCUGCUCCCGGGAGGCCUCCUAGGGAGAAUCCGCUCUCCAGAACGGUCCCCAAGCUUGAACGACCUUCUCCCAAGGUAGGAUACUCACCCCAGGGCUCCGUCGUCACAGGGUCCCUCCUUGUACAUCCCUGGAAACCACCUUCCUCAUCCUUCAGAAGCCUGGAAGCACCAGAGUUCAGCCUGAGCUCUCCGAUUGUACUUUCAUCCCACCUUUAACCUAGCAUUUCCCUGGUAGCAGGUUAUAAAUGCCUCUACUGAUUCUCUAUUGAAGCAAGGCAGCAAUUGUGGAUGGGGGAGAGAGAAGUGAAAAGGGAGUCUGUCCAGAAGUCUGAGAAGAUGGUCAGCAUAUAGAGAGGCAACAGAAUUGGGAGGCAAGUUGCAUCCAUCUUCGGUAAAAUACAAAAUAAGGAAAAAAAAUUAUUGAAUAUAAGUCGGAGAAAUAGUUCCUCAGAUCUCAGACUUUAUAUCUGUAAGACAACACCUCACAGCUUCAUCAGAAAAAGAGUUUAAAACAGUUUAGGGUCACUUAAUAACGAAGGAACUCUUAGAGGAAAGAAUCAUUGAUUUGUAAAUACCUUCAGGUUAAAAAAAAGUUGAAUACCACUUGAUAUUAGAAUCUUCAGACUGGAGAGAAAGAAAUCUUACAAUUUUAGUGAAUUUGAGAAAUUUUUCACUCACGUGUCACACUUCAUUAAAUGUAGAAGCCUUUUUCUUUUAAGGACUAUUAAAAAGCCUUUAACUAGAUGACAAAUCUUAAUAAGGACAAGAAAAUUCAUACUGGAAAGGAACCAGUGAAAGUGACAAAAGUUUACUUACUUGAAAAUUAUACUUAAGAAGCUUUGAAUGAUCAAUUUUCCUUUGUAACAUACCCAUUAUUCUACAUUUGCAAGGCCCUACACAGAGAGAUUUUACAAAUGUAAAGAAAUGUGUAAAUACUUUCAGCCAAAAGUAAGUCAUUUGUCAAAAAAUUUCUACUGUAGAGAAAUCUGGUGAAUGUUGGAAAAAUUCCAUUCAGAUGUCACACCUCAGUCAGCAGAGAAAUAAUAGUGGGGGCGGCCCCUUUGCCUGUAAGAUAUGUGGGAAAGUCUUCAAUCAAAAGUCAAAUCUCACUGAACAUGAGCAUUUUCAUAGCAGAGAGAAACCCUUUGAAUGUAAUGAAUGUGGAAAAGCCUUCAGCCAAAAGCAGUAUGUCAUUAAACAUCAAAACACUCAUACUGGGGAGAAGCUUUUUGAAUGUAAUCAGUGUGGAAAAUCGUUCAGCCAGAAGGAAAACCUUCUUACACAUCAGAAAAUUCACACCGGAGAGAAACCUUUUCAGUGUAAGGAUUGUGGGAAAGCAUUCAUUCAGAAGUCAAACCUCAUCAGACACCAGAGAACUCACACAGGAGAGAAGCCCUUUGUUUGUAAGGAGUGUGGAAAAACCUUCAGCGGCAAAUCCAACCUCACUGAGCAUGAGAAGAUUCAUAUUGGAGAGAAACCGUUUAAAUGCAAUGAAUGUGGAACAGCUUUUGGCCAGAAGAAGUACCUCAUAAAACAUCAAAACAUUCACACUGGUGAGAAGCCCUAUGAGUGUAAUGAAUGUGGAAAAGCCUUUUCUCAACGAACAUCACUUAUUGUACAUGUGAGAAUUCAUUCAGGGGAUAAGCCUUACGAAUGCAAUGUGUGUGGAAAAGCCUUCUCUCAGAGUUCGUCUCUCACUGUUCAUGUGAGAAGCCAUACAGGUGAGAAACCUUACGGAUGUAAUGAGUGUGGGAAAGCUUUCUCACAGUUUUCAACCCUGGCUCUACAUUUAAGAAUACAUACAGGUAAGAAACCAUAUCAGUGUAGUGAGUGUGGGAAAGCUUUCAGCCAGAAGUCACACCACAUCAGACACCAGAAAAUUCAUACUCACUAAACACCCUUUGAGUAUCUUGGAUAUCUUGGAAAAGAAUUUUACACCUCAUAGGACAUCAUAAAUAAUUAUUUUGAAAAUAAACAUCACAAGUGAGACAAACCAGAAUAAGGGAUAUGAUAAUACUGAACAGUUUUAUGAUGCAAUGCUGGUGCCCAACAAAAGUUAUAUAUAGCAAAGUUAGUGCUAAAACUGGACAAUUUCCACUACAUGCAGGAAUGGAAAACAAGCUUGUUGUGAAUGCUGUCUGCUUAGUUCUGAAGAUAUUCACAAUAUUAUAAGAAAAUUAGUGAAUAUUGGGACAGAAAACCAUUUUAUGGUAUUGAACCAACAGAACAGAAGACUUUCUGAAAACAAUGGCAUUUAUUAGAAUUUAGAAUAUAGGAACGGCAUCAGGACUAUGAGAAGAUAAUGGAACUAUUUUAAAAAAUGAUUUGGAGGUAAUUUUUUUCUCCAAAGAAAAAAGAAGUAGACCAUGGGCAAUGAGUUCUUAAAGUGGUUAAGAUCCAAUGGUAUUAAACCAUAAAUAUGAAAAUGCUACAUUAUUCUAAAAUGGUGACAACUUUGGGAGUAGGAGAACAUUCUUAUAACAGAUUCACAAUACCCAGCAGUUCUGCCCUGUAGUAAGUAAAGCUCAGGAUAAAUAUAUCAGGCUGUUUGCUGUGGCAUGGUUUGUAGUAGCCAUAAACUGGAAAUGACUUAAGCUCCCAUUAGUUACAAAAUUGCAAAACCUAUUAUCUAAUGUAUAUCUGUAAAAUG